GCUCACAGCUGGAGUAUGUCAGCCACGAAAACAAUGGACGAAGCCCGCAGGAGCCGGCUGCUGGCGCUGGAGCAGAAGAUCCGCGAUCCGGCAAGCAUCGGCAACAUCGAGUGCCUGCUGGAUACGGUGGCCGCGCUCGUGGCGGACUGCGACCACGAGAACGUAAAGAUCAUCAAAAACAUCGAGACGUUCAUCAAGCGCUACAAAAACCUCGCCCGUGACAUCACGAGUUUGCGCAUGAACCCGGACGAUUUCACCUUCAUCAAGCUGAUCGGGCGCGGUUCGUUCGGUGAGGUGCUGCUGGUGCGCCAAAAAACCACCAAGCAGGUGUACGCGAUGAAGCGACUGUCAAAGUACGAGAUGAUCACACGCUCCGAUACGGCGUUCUUCUGGGAGGAGCGCUACAUCAUGGCGAACGCGAACUCGGAGUGGAUUGUGCAGCUGCACUUCGCCUUCCAGGACGCGAAGUUCCUGUACAUGGUGAUGGACUUCAUGCCCGGCGGUGACAUCGUCGGGCUGAUGAACGUGUACGAGAUCCCGGAGAAGUGGGCCCUCUUCUACACGAUGGAGGUGGUGCUGGCACUGGACACGAUCCACCGGAUGGGCUUCAUCCACAGGGAUGUGAAGCCGGACAACAUGCUGCUCGAUAAGUACGGCCACCUGAAGCUGGCCGAUUUUGGCACCUGCAUGCGAAUGGAUGACGAUGGGCUGGUGCGGUCCUCGAACGCGGUCGGCACGCCGGAUUACAUCAGCCCGGAGGUGCUGCAGUUUCAGGGCGCCAAGGGUGGGUACGGACGGGAAUGCGAUUGGUGGUCGGUCGGUAUUUUCCUGUACGAGAUCCUGAUCGGGGAGACACCGUUCUACUCGGACAGUCUCGUCGGUACGUACGGCAAAAUAAUGGACUACAAAAACUGCCUCAUCUUUCCGGAGGAUGCACCGAUCAGCGAGAACGCGAAAUCGCUCAUAAAGGGCUUCCUCACCGAGCGCACGGUGCGGCUUGGCAGGCAUAGUGUGGAGGAGAUAAAAACCCACCCAUUCUUCGUGAACGACACGUGGACGUUUGAGAACCUGCGCGAAUCCGUACCACCGGUUGUGCCGGAGCUGAGCAGUGAUGAUGAUACGCGCAAUUUCGAGGAGGUUAACCGGAAGAACAGCAUCGGCACCAACUUCCCAACACCGACCACGUUCUCUGGGGACCAUUUGCCCUUUAUCGGGUUUACCUACUCACCCGACUAUCAGCUGCUGACCGGUGACGGUGCAACCGGUUCGAGUGGAUCCGACCCAACGGAGGACACCAUCGACAAUAAGGAUCCGGCGAAAACCCACCGACAUCGUCCAUCCAACAACGCCGAGCUGAUGCGGCUAGAAAGCAUGCUGCAGCGAGAGAAAAACACGGUUGAGUCUCUCGAGAAGCAGGAACGCACGCUUCGCCAACAGAUCGAGCUGAUCACGAAGCGUGAGUCAGACAUUCAAGCGUUAGCGAACGAGUACGAGCGGGAUCUAACGAUGCUAAAGCACAGCUACCGCGAGAUGCAACGGCGGGCGGAUGUUGAGCAGGAAACGCGCAAAAAACUCGACCUGGUGCUCGUCGAGACGAAGCAACGCCUGCAGGAGGAGCGCAACAAGCGAACGCGCGAAAUGAACAACCUGCAGCAGUACACCGACCGGAUUGGGGCGCUCGAAAAGCAGCUCGCGGAUGUGCAGGAGAAGUACAAGGCGGAGGUGGAGGCGGGCCAAAAGACCAAGAAACAAAUCGCCGAACUACGGCUCGUGAGCAGCAACGCCGAGCAGAAAGCGCUCGAUCUGCAAUCGAUGUUGCUGGGGUUGCAAACGAUGCGCGAUAUGCUGCAGCAGGAGGUUGCGGAUCUUCAAGGACAGCUGGCGCAGGAGCGCAACACGCGCAUCAAGCGGCACGAGCUGCAGAAGGAGCUGGAGGUGAAGGUGCAAUCGAUGUGCGUCGAUAUGGAGCGAAUUGCGGCCCGGGAGCAGCAGGUGUUUGCCGACAACCGUUCGCUUGUCGAUCGGAUUUCGGAGCUGGAAAAGGAGAACGCUUCCGUGCAGUGUGAGCUGAAGGCGGUACAAAAUCGGUACGAGCAGGAGGUGACCGCACACCAGGAGACGGCCAAAACGCGGCUGCUGAACAACGAGGAAGCGAACAUGCAGGAAGUUAAAGCCCUGCAAAGCAAGCUUACGGAGGAGAAACUUUGCCGCCAAAAGGCCGAGCAAAACUCGCAGGAAAAGGAACGGCAGCUGUCGAUGCUUUCGGUGGACUAUCGCCAGAUUCAGCAGCGUUUGCAAAAGCUGGAGGGUGAAUUUCGGCAGGAAUCGGAGAAGGUGGUCGCACUGCACAGCCAGCUGGAGCAGGAGCAAAGCAAGAAGAAUAGCCUGCUGUCGGAGAUAAGCCUGCAGAGCUCGGAGGUCGCUCACCUGAGGUCGAAGGAAAUGCAAUCGCAGAAGGAGAUGCAACAGCUGCGGGAAACGCGCAAGAAGCUCGAGGAGGAUAUUGCGAAUGUUAAGCAGCUGCAUAACACUGAUAUACUGCAGAUGAAAGAGGUACAGGACCAGCUGGAGGUGGAGCAGUACUUCUCGAAGCUGUACAAAACGCAGUACACCGAGCUGCGGGAUGAGAUGCAUGAUCGGAUACGCCAGCUCCAGAAGCUGGACGACGAGCGGAGCAACAUCCUGCACCAGCUGCAGCUGGCAAAUGCGCGCGCCGACACCGAGGCUCUGGCCCGCUCGAUCGCCGAAGAAACGGUGGCCGACCUCGAGAAGGAGAAAACGAUGAAGGAGCUCGAGCUGAAGGACCUGCUGACGAAGCACCGAAACGAGAUGAUGGCCAAAGAGGGAACGAUGAUGUCGCUGCGGGACGCCGAAGCCGAACUGCGGAAGUCACUCGGCAACAAGGAGUACGAGCUGGAGGACGCGCUGCAGCAGCACAAGAAGCUGCAGGACGAGCUGAAGCGGCUCAAGUACGAGCUGGUGGAGCUGGACAAGUGCCGCGCGAAGCUGGUCACGGAGACGAUCCUGAAGCAGCAGGCGGUGAACAAGCUGGCGGAGAUCAUGAACCGGAAGGAUAACAAUCUCACCAGCAAGCAGAAGAUGAAGGUUAACUCGACGGCGGAGCUGCGGAAGAAGGAGAAGGAAAACAAGCGGCUGCAGCAGGAGCUGUCGGUGGAGAGGGCGAAGUAUGAUGAGCUGUGUCAGAAGCACAAUGAAGUCAUCACUCAUUUAUCGCGAGAAAUCGACAUUAAAACAAAGCUUCAGAUGGAGAUCGACUGCAAAGCGACGGAGAUCGAACACUUGCAGAUGAAGCUGAUCGAAACGGCGUCCUUGUCAUCAGUCGACAACGACAUGAUGGAGGAGAAUCAGGAUUCCAUCUUCGAGGGUUGGCUAAGCGUGCCAAACAAGCAGAAUAUCAAACGGCACGGCUGGAAGCGCCAGUUCGUCGUGGUCUCCCCGAAACGCAUCAUCUUCUACAGCUCGGAGCUGGACAAGCAAAACACGAGCGAUCCGUUGCUAAUCAUCGACCUAAGUAAAGUAUUCCACGUCCGUCCGGUGACGCAAGGUGACGUUAUACGAGCCGAUCCCAAAGAGAUACCGCGCAUCUUUCAGCUCCUGUACGCUGGCGAGGGUGAAGCGCGCCGUCCGGAUGAGCAGCCACAAAUCGACAUCGCCUCCUCACGUAGCGAGGAAAAGCCCCUCACGCUGCAGUACAAAGGCCACGAGUUCCUGCAAAUUAGUUACCAUAUUCCAACAACGUGCGAUCUGCCUUCGUGCCAGAAGACGCUGUGGCACAUGUUCAAGUCACCACCGGCGUACGAGUGCAAGCGUUGCCGGUUCAAGCUGCACAAGGAGCACGUUGAUAACAACAACCCGCUGGCGCCGUGCAAGCUGCACCACGAUCCGAACCACGCCCGCGAAAUGCUGCUGCUGGCCACCUCCAACGAGGACCAGCACCGCUGGGUUAGCCGGUUAUCGAAGCGCAUCCAGAAAAGCGGCUACAAAGCCAACUCGACCAACAACGUCGGUACGCUUGGGGGCAGCUCCGUGACUGGUGGUGGGUGCGGUGUCGCCGCUUCCGGCAACAAUGGCAACAAUCUGCCGGCCAGCAACAGCAGCGCCAAUCUCGAUUCGGCCAAGGUUUCGCCAAGCCAAUCCGCACGGUCCAACAACAAACCGACGUCGGCGGCAGUUGUCCAGCGGUCGGCCACCCUGCCGGCUAAUGCGUCGCUCAAACAGCAACCACAACCGUAA